GAUAACAAUACUAGCGUAAGAUUACCAGUCUCUUCGUAGAUGACGGCUGUUAAAAAAAACGCACAGAAAAAACCCCACCGAGCCAGGGACGACACAAUUUCCGUUCAAUAACUUCAAUCCUUCCCUCGCCGUUUACUCUCUCCGUAUAUCUAAACCACGCCGUCUCAUCCUCUAUACGACAACGAUCUCAUGCCUUCUCCCCUUCCUUAAAAACUUCCAGGUCGGGGAGAACACAGUCACCACCGUUCAUCAAAUGUCACUUCCCCAAUCUCCCGCCGUUGAUUCCCUCCCUCAACAGCGCGCCUCCACCUUUGAUCACCGCGGCUCCUCCAAACGCAAACUAGACGAUGUCGAUGACCACGACGCCAUUUUCUCUGACUUAAUCUUCGUCAGGAUGCGUAAAGACGACACCGAAUCAUCCACCGGCCAUAACCUGCAACAACCUCCCUCCAUCUCCUCCACCAAUCAGCUCCCCAAACGUGUCUCCGACGCCUCCGCCUCCACCUCAUCAUCACCCAACGAUUUUCCCUCCACUCCCUCCCCUCUCUGUCGGUCUCAAUCGAGGCUCCAAUUCUUCAUCAGAAUGAUCUCCGACGGCACUCACAUUGUGAUCACUGCGAAUUUGACUGAUUCCGUCAAAUCACUCCAUGAACGGAUUCGCGAGAUGACCGGAAUUCCUGUGAUCGAGCAACGACUAAUCUACGAGGGUAAGCAAUUGCAAUACGAAAACAAACUCUCCGAUUACUCUAUCGAGAAGGAUUCGAUUCUUCAUUUAGUUGGCCGAAUGCGUAGCACUAGGCAUCCCCGUACUUGUCAAUUGAUCAAUGAUAUGGUUUCCUACAUUUGUCGAAUUUGUAAGUCUAUUUUGCCGUGUGGUUUUCAUCAAUAUGUUUCAAAGCAGAUAAAAGAGUUGAUGCAUCAGUUCUUUAUCUUGACACCGAAGGAUGAUAAUGAGGAUGCUUUAGGACAUUUGAAUGUGUUUUUAUCGAAUAGUGCGCCAGCUGCGUUGGUCACACUCUAUGUUUCGAGUGUUAAAGGGAAUAAGGAGUGCGCGGAGGAUGCGAUUAAGCAUUUUUUGAAUUCAUGUAGGAAUUCGUUGCCAAAGAAUUUGCAUUUGCAGUGUGUUCCGAUUGUGAUGGAGUUUUGCAAUUUGUUGAGGAAGGUUGGGAGUGAUGAUCCAUUGUAUAUUGUGUGUAGGAGUUGUCUUGGUUCCUUGUUGGAGAAUGGUGGGGGUGCAUGUGGGUGGAGGUAUCGAGGAGGGGAGGAGGGGAAGGGAGCUGUUGUUAUGCAGGAGAUUUUUCCGUUUGUUAGUGAGCUGGGGAGUAAGUUGUUUAAAGAUUUGAUGGGGAGUGUGGUAGGGAGUGUGGGGCCAUCAGUAGUUGAUGUGAAGGAUUUUUCAGCGUUUUUGGUACCAUUGCAUAGUAUGAUAUCAGAGCAGGGGGCAUGUAGGGUUCCGGUUUCGGUGCCGUUGAACAAGAGGGCAUUUAAUUAUCCAUUGUAUGCGAAGGAGAUUGAGCAUCUUCAUGUGAUAUUUUUUGAUUUGCUGAAUAUUAUGGAGAAAUGUCUUGGUAAAAUGCAGGAUUCUUCACAUUUGAAAAUGAAUGGAGAGGGUGAGUUGAAUCAUACAGGCUGGUCUCAAUAUUUGGCUAUUUUGAAGGAGUUGAACAACAUUGCUAAACUCUAUAAGGGUGCUGAGGAAAAGUUUUGGACAGUUUUGAGACUUAGAAAGGCUUCCCUGUGUGUGCUGAUUGUUAGAUAUGCAAAAAGAACUGAAGAUCAUCAGUGGCUUCUUCGGAACAAGGAUGUGACUGAUUUUGAGUCUAGGAGGCAUUUGGCUAUGAUGAUGUUCCCUGAGGUGAAAGAAGAUUACGAGGAGCUUCACGAGAUGCUCAUUGAUCGGUCACAAUUGUUGGCAGAGUCAUUUGAGUACAUAGUGCAUGCCGACUCAGAUGCACUGCAUGGUGGUCUUUUUCUGGAAUUUAAAAACGAGGAAGCUACUGGUCCUGGUGUAUUGCGGGAGUGGUUUUUCUUGGUUACACAAGCUCUAUUUGAUCCUCAAAGAGCUCUUUUUGUGGCAUGCCCAAGUGAUCGCAGAAGGUUCUAUCCUAAUCCUGCAUCCAAGGUGGAUCCCAUGCACCUUGAGUAUUUCACAUUCUCUGGUCGAGUAAUGGCUUUAGCUUUGAUGCAUAAAGUGCAAGUCGGCAUUGUAUUUGAUCGGGCAUUUUUCUUGCAAUUGGCUGGGAUGCGUAUUACUUUGGAAGACAUACGGGAUGCAGAUCCAUGCUUGUAUAGCAGUUGCAAACAGAUUCUGCAAAUGGAUCCUGAGUUCAUUGAUUCAGAUGCUUUGAGUCUGACAUUCGUUAGAGAAGUUGAGGAACUAGGAUCCAGGAAAGUUGUGGAACUUUGCCCUGGUGGGGAGAGUAUCGUUGUAAAUAGCAAGAAUCGGGAGAAAUAUGUCGAUCUUCUCAUUCAGCACUGCUUUGUCACAUCAAUCUCUGAACCAGUAUCUAGAUUUGCACGUGGUUUUGCUGAUAUUCUUUCAAACUCUGGGCAACAGAAGCUCUUCUUCCAGAGUUUAGAGCUUGAGGAUCUUGAUUGGAUGCUAUAUGGAAGUGAAAAUGCUAUCUGUGUGGAAGAUUGGAAGGCACACACUGAGUACAAUGGCUACAAGGAAACCGAUCCUCAGAUAUCCUGGUUAUGGAAGAGCAAUCCCUAUCUGCGUAUCCUUACCAGGUGUGCUGCUGUUUUUCCUGCUUGAGUAAAGCCUAAAUACUAUGUGAAUGCAAUUCUUUCUAUUGUACGAGGCUGUGGAAAAAAGGACAUGCAAGAUUGCGAGGCAUUUCACCAUUUUACAGCUGCAUGUCAGUUUAUCUCUUUGGUCAAUUACUUUGAAGCUGAAAGAUGUAUGACGAAGUUCUAGACAUACAAUAAAUACCAAAGCAAUUCAAAUUGCUGUCCAUGUUUGUCUUGUCAAAUUUACAAGUCAUCUUGAAUCUCAAAUGCUCAAGGUUGUGUCAUGAAUUCCCCAGCAUACUGAUGAUGUUGUGGUUGAAUAAGGAAGAAAAUAAGGAACUUGGUUUGGAUUCUUGAAGAUAACAUUUAGGAGUUUUUAAGUUAUGUCAUUAUACGAAGUUUUGUGUUGAAGUUUGAACACACAUAUUAUUCAUGCAUGCAUUUACAUGAAAACAAAUGCCAAAGUGUUGAACAUUCAUGUUAUUUUGAUUGCACUUAUGUGUGAAAGGGCAGAAGGUUGCUGCUGUGGAGUUAGAGCAUAGGGGGUGUGGUUAGGAUGUCAUACUUACCUUAACAAGCAUGCCAGGUUUGGGAGGGGUACGGACAGUUGAACGAGUGUAGAUUUUGUUUCAAUAUUUUUUCCUCUUUCUGUGCAUGUCUGUGUGGUUGGUUGGGGAAGAAAUGUUUUAGAUACAGAUACAAAUUGAAAACUGAAACAAAAAGAGGGAUCAGUGGAAAAU